AUGACCAUUCUCGCGCUCAAAGAGGACCGGCCGACGCCCAAGGCCGUCUACAACUGGCACGUCUACGUCUGCGCGGCGACGGCCUCGUUCGCCUCGUGCAUGAUUGGCUACGACUCGGCCUUUAUCGGAACCACCCUCGCGCUGCCCUCCUUUGUCGCCGAGUUCAAGUUUGCCACGUACACGCCGGCGCGACUGGCCCUGCUCAAGCAAAACAUUGUCUCCGUGUACCAGGCCGGCGCCUUUUUCGGCUCCCUGGCCGCCUACUACUCCUCCUACGCCCUCGGCCGCCGCAAGACGCUCUUCCUCUUUGCGCUCAUCUUCACCCUCGGCGCCGGCAUGAUGCUCGGCGCCAACGCGGAGCGCGGCCUGGGCCUCAUCCUCGCCGGCCGCGUGCUCGCUGGCAUCGGCGUCGGCGGCUGCUCCAACAUGACCCCCAUCUACAUCUCUGAGCUCGCACCGCCGGCCGUGCGCGGUCGGCUGGUCGGCAUCUACGAGCUCGGGUGGCAGAUUGGCGGCCUGGUCGGCUUCUGGAUCAACUAUGGCGUGAACAAGACGCUGGCCCCAAGCCACUCCCAGUGGCUGAUACCGUUCGCCGUGCAGCUGAUCCCGGCUGGUCUUCUGCUGAUUGGCACCGUCUUCAUCCCGGAGUCACCGCGCUGGCUGUUCUCCAAGGGACGGCGCGAGGAGGCCAUUGCUGGCCUCUGCUGGAUGCGCAAGCUGGAGCCGACGGACAAGUAUAUUCGGGAAGAAAUCGCCUUCAUAGAUGAGGAGCUGGAGCGCUUCAACACAGAAGUCGGGCAGGGCUUCUGGCGGCCGUUUAAGGCUUUGAAGGAGAGAAGGAUUCAGUGGAGGUUUGCCAUUAGCACACUGCUAUUCAUGUUCCAAAAUGGUAAGGCACAGGACAAUCACGCCAGACAAGCAUACGCUAACCACAUGACAGCCUCUGGUAUCAACGCCAUCAACUACUACAGCCCUACCGUCUUCAAGACGCUGGGCAUCACCGGCACCAACACCGGCUUUCUCACGACGGGCAUCUUUGGCGUCGUCAAGACGACCCUGACCGUCGUCUGGCUGCUGUUCCUCAUCGACCACCUCGGUCGACGCACGCUCCUCAUGGUCGGCAGCAUCGGCGGCUCCCUCUGCAUGUGGUUCAUCGGCGGCUACAUCAAGAUCUCGGGCGCCAGCGCCACCGGCGCGGCCAAGGGCGGCAGCCUCUCGUCCGGCGGCAUCGCCGCCAUCUUCUUUUUCUACCUCUGGACGGCCUUUUACACACCCUCGUGGAACGGCACUCCGUGGGUGCUCUGCUCCGAGAUCUUUGACCAGAACACGCGCUCACUGGGCCAGGCCAACGCCUCGGCCAACAACUGGCUGUGGAACUUUAUGAUUGCGCGCUUCACGGAGCAAAUGUUCAACGCCUGGGGAUACGGCGUGUACUUCUUCUUCGCCUCGCUUAUGCUGACCUCGUGCGUGUUUGUCUUCUUCUGCAUCCCCGAGACCAAGUCGAUCCCGCUCGAGGCCAUGGACCGGCUGUUUCGCGAGAAGCCCGUGUGGCGCGCGAACAGCAAGGUCAUGGAGGACCUUCGUCUCACCCAAGAUCAAGAGCCCACGUCCGAUAGUGUCGCGCCUGAAAAGGCACAUAGUGAGGAGGUUGAACAGCAGUACCGCUGA